GUAACCAAUAGGGGCUUAUGGCUAUAGAGCAUUUGAAAUGUGGUUAAGACAAAUUGUGAUGUAAGCUACUCACUGGAUUCUGAAGACUUACCCUAAAAAAGAGACUGCAAAUCAUCUCAAUAUUUUUAUACUGAUGAUGUGUUAAUAAUAUUAUGCAUAUAUUGACCUAGAAAAAAAUAUGUUACUAAAACAAAUUUCAUGUUUCUUUUACUAAUUUUUUUAAAUGUCUCUUGUUAGGGUGGCUGGUGGCACCAGCGACCAAGAAUUGCACAAAGAGUAGAACAACUAGCAGGACAGAGUUUAUUCAUUCUCCAAGAGAGGAGAGGGGCCAGAUAUCAAGAGAAACAGUGGCCCGAGUUUGUAUUAGGCUGGGCCUCUUAAAGGAUUUUAAGGUUGUGAGAGGUUUGCAGCCACACCCAUGGUGGGGCGGGACUGGGAGGUGACAAGUUUCUCAGGAUGCUCUGUCCCAGGCUCUGCUGGGAUGUGGGUUAUGGUCCCAGGCUAGAGAAGGUUAAGUUUUAUAGUUGUGGUCUAUUUUCUGAGAAUGAAGGGCACCACGACCCGAAAGAGAAAGAGGCUCAAACACGGACAUCUGCGGGGUUUCUCGAUAAGCUUGCCUGGGAAAGGCCCUUUAAGUAGAACCUUUUUUGCCCUUCUUGCUGGAAAUUUUUUAAUUACAUGUGUGGUUUCCAUGUUUCUAGCAGGCAGUGCUGACUUGGGAGAACAGGGCAAUUGUCGGCAGAACUGAAGUAGCAUCCGGGCUCAGUCCCUGCCGGCUCUGUGACCCUGACCCUACCCUCUUUGACUUAGUUGUGUCCUGUGGAUUUGGGGGCAAGACAGAACAUCCGGCAUGGGAAGUUUUUAGCAUCGUGCCUUGGAAACGCUUUCCUAAGCACCUUACAACAAGUGCUUAAUAACUAUGGUCAUAAUUCUCAAGCCGGUUCCUGUUGAAAUGCAACAUCUCAGCAGUCACUCCCCCACCUCAUACACGCACACGCAAACGCACGCGAGCCUAGAGCACAUUGCAUUUGCGAUUCAGAGCCAACUUUUAGGAGGAAGGAACACGCAGCUGCGCGGGGCGAACAGACACGGGAAGGCUGCCCCUUGGCGGAGAGCGGAGGAAGGAUUCCGUCGUCGCCGCCGAGGCUCUAGAGCAAGCUGCGGAGAGCCUGGGCGGGAGGGGCAGCGGGUCUGAGGCCGCAGAGGCGGUGCCUGGCGCUUAAAGGGAUACCCAAGAGGUCCACCGCCGCCUCUUGGGGCACUUAAAGACCCAGAGAAGGACCCCUGGGAAGAUCUGGAUCGGGCUGUGUCUACAGCUGGGGAAGAGAUAGGGGGACCAAGGAAAAAGGCCGAGAUGCCCCUCCUGACCUGCCAGUUCCUCCAGAAUUACCGGGAACAGCGCCUGGCCCACUUGGUUCUGAGCUUUAUUACCAUGGGCUAUGUCUGGCAGAAAGGAGAGACACAGCCCAAAGAGGUUCUGCCAAGAAAUCUUGCCCUUCCCUUUGUUGAAGUCUCCAGGAACUUGGGCAUCCCUCCUAUCCUGGUCCAUGCAGACUUGGUGCUGACAAACUGGACCAUUAGGGAUCCUGAAAGACCCCUGGAAAUCAGGAACUUGGACGUCAUUUUCUCAUUUCCUGGGGAAGAAAGCCUGCGUGGCUUUAUACUGGUGACUGUUUUGGUGGAGAAAGCAGCAGUACCUGGGAUUAAGGCACUUGUUCAGGCAGUGAAUGCCAUCUUGCAGCCCAGCCAGAACUUGUUGCUUCAAGCCCUGCAGCGACUGAGACUCUGCAUUCAGGAUAUCACCAGAACUUUAGGACAAAUGCAUGAUUAUGUUGAUCCAGACAUAUUUUAUGCAGUCAUCCGGAUCUUUCUCUCUGGAUGGAAGGAUAACCCAGCAAUGCCGGUGGGGUUGAUCUAUGAAGGAGUCUCCCCAGAGCCCCUGAAAUACUCUGGGGGGAGUGCAGCUCAGAGCACAGUGCUUCAUGCCUUUGAUGAGUUCUUAGGCAUUUGUCACAGCAAGGAAAGUGCUGAUUUUCUGCUCAGGAUGAGGGAGUACAUGCCUCCUUCCCAUAAGGCCUUUAUAGAAGAAAUUCACUCAACUCCUUCACUGAGAGACCACAUUCGGUCCUCUGGAAAUGGCCAACUUCUGACAGCCUAUAACCAGUGUGUGGAGGCCCUGGCGGAGCUACGCAGCUAUCACAUCACUGUGGUGACCAAAUACCUCAUCACAGCAGCCACCAAAGCAAAGGGCAGGAGGCCGAACUAUAUCCCUGGGCCACCACUAGCCCUAGAAGAGAGGGGCACAGGUGGGACUGUAGUUCUGAGCUUCCUGAAGAGUGUCAGGGAUAAGACCUUAGAGGCAAUUCUCCACCAAAGUGAUUAAGAGACUGCCCUCUUCCCAAGAAUGCAAAACCAGAAACUUGGGUUUCCCCUGGCCCUUUCUCCCACUGGAGGGCACUUAGGCCUGGAAAAUGAGAAUGUCUGGAAUUAUCUGACAGGAACCUCAGCCCUGUUUAUGUUCCUGCUCUACAGAACACCAUCUUCUCCCUUGUUGAGAGCUGUUAGUCUUCACAGAGGAGAAUUUCCAUGGCUAGUCAGAAAUUUUCCUUUCCCUAUCUAAUUACUGGUUAAUAGCAAACAGCUUUGGACACUUCCUCAUUCAGAACCCCACAGAGGAGCCCGUGUACCCCUGUUCUAUUUUCAAAUAAUAGAAAAUCAAUCUAAAUUUCAAAAAACAAAUCAAAUUGCCUGUGGACAGAUCCCCUUUUUGAUUUCUUUAAAAAGCAAAUUAAAUACUCAUGCAUGCAUUCAUUCAUUCAGUCAGUCAACGACAUUACAUUCCUACUGAGCACUGGUUUAGGGAUUAGAGCAGAGAAUUUUUGUGGUCCCCAUCCAGCUCUCCUCUCCCUGAGUGUGCUGAGUUUGUGGCAGGAGGUUGGAAAUGCUCCAGUGGCGAUGUGGAGGAAAGAGGAGGCUCACAUAAGACUUGGAAGUCACCAGUGUAACAAUGAAUAGUUAACGAUGUGGGAACGAACGGAUGAGGCUCUUUGGCAUAGCUCAUCAAUUUGCAAAUUCUGUUUUAGUUUCAUUCUUUAUUUUUGGAAGAAUGAUUCUUUCUUCUUACACCGAAAGUUUAUAGUUGUAAAAUGAAUUAAUUGACCCAUUGGAAGUAAAUGAUCGAAACAGGAAUAAAUAGUAAACUCACAUGUUUAGUUUACAAAUAAAUGUAACUUUUUAUUGAUUUAUUUUCUAUCUCAAGAUCUCAUUUCAUCUGAUAGCAAAAGCUAGAAAACUUUAAUCUUGCCAAUUUAAGAUAAACUCCAUUAAUUUAGGCCUGCCCCCCUUCCCCCGCCCCACACUGUGCGCACACACAUAUAUCUGGGACAGUAUCUACAUUCCACAGGGCCAAUCUAGUAUCAUGGCCUCAAGAAGAAGGACCUGAUCAUCAGGAACAGCCUCUGCCCAAGUUAGCAUCUGCUGAGCAGUUCCCCUCCCCAUAUGAGUACUGGUCAAAUGGAGCUUGCAGCUUGUUUAAUCCUUUCAAACAAGCCUUUCAGAUUACUCAGCCUUCAAAGUCUUGUCAUAUCACUUGGAAAAACAUCUGACCACUUCCAACAUUGCCCAGGCCCUUAAACCCCACUUUUACUGUAUAUAUAGUGAGGGGGGGGAGAGAAAUUUUAAGAAAUUGGCUUAUGUGAUUAUAGAGGUUGGAAAUUCCAAAAUCUGCAGGGUAGACCAGCAGCCUGGAGACUCAGGGAAUCACCAUCUAAAGACUGACUGCUGGUAGAAUUCCUUUCUGCUCAGUGAAGGUCAGUCUUUGUUCUAUUCAGGCCCUCAACUGAUUGGGUGAGGCCCACUCACAUUAUGGACAGCAAUCUGCUUUACUCAAAGUCCAUUAAUUUAAAUGUUCGCCUCAUCCAAACAAAAUACCCUCACAAAACCGUACAAAAUAAUGUGUCACCAAAUAUCUGGGUAUCAUGGCCCAGCCAAGAUGACAUAGAAUUAGCUAUCACAAGCCUCCUUUACAAGAAAGUGAAUUAGGGUAAAGUUAUGGUAUCUGAUACACACUCUCCCCACAUUUCUAUUAGAGAAGAAUCCUCUUUUGUAAUGAUGGACAGGAGGUACAAAAAUGAUGUAUAGUUUCUCCCCAAGAGAUGCUGGGAAGGGAUACAGGCAGUACACUGGAUGGAAACCCCUAGAGAGAAGGAUGGAAUACUGCCCACAAAAAUCUGACUAUAUUGACAGCUAAAGGCUCUUUAUACCAGGUGAUCUGUGUAGAAUGAAACCAUUGUCUCUUUUAAUAAAAAUAACAACCCGCUGUUUCGAGGUUGACCUUAUAGGGCUAAUCUUCACCUGGGAAGGGGGCAAAGCCUUAAAGUCUUAAACCUUGUACAUAAGAGUCACCUUCACCUAACCCCCCCCCCCCACACACCUAAGCCUUCUGGGGACAAGGGGCCACUGAUUCUUUUUUAUCCUGUGCCCAAGUGCAGUUAGGAUUAGUUUAGUAAUUUUUAGAAGACAUUAGAAAAGACUCAGGGAUGAUUUUAAAAGCAAGCCAACAAAAAUCAUAAAGGAACACCAGUUAGAUGGCAUGAGCAACAUUCAGUCUUCAUGCUGUGGGGCACAGAGACCCUAUACUUUCCUUAGACUGCAUGCAGGUGAACAGGAUCCCCAAACUCUCAAUUUACAGAAUGCCCAGGAAAGACAGUCUCAGAGACUGAGUUUUUCUUCCCUUGUUGUUAGUCUGAAAUUUGUUUUUUGUUGUUUCAAUACAAUCUAUAAAGGGUUAAAAUAAAAAUAAAACUAAACACCAACCAUAAAGAAAUGCUUGAAACCUGUGAGAUCCUAUCCAAUUUAAGAUCUGGGAUAUAAAACUUGCAGUACCUGAAAGCAAUUAUUUCUUCCACAACAGUGAAUUUCACCCGCCAAAUUCUGUCUUGCAUUUUCUUAUGCACAGAUGUCUUAUUUGCUUUGCUAAUGGAAGAAACACUCUUCUCUUUCUUUGUUCACUUAACAGUAAACUUAAUAAAGAAGUCGGAUAUCAUUGCUUUCUGAAAUGCAAUUGCUAGUUAAUUUUUGCAGUUUAGCAGCUGCUUCUCAGCAACAUUAAAAACUGAGUUUUUGGAUGUAAGCAUCAUCAAAAAUAAAUGAUUUUUUCUUGCAAAGUAAUUUCCUUUGUAAACUCACAAAUCUAUUGGCCCACAUGGUUCUAUGGCAGCUGCAUAGGUUUCAAACCAAACUCAAUUAUGGUAUUUGCCUUUAAUUAUCCAUAUUCUUUUUAAGGUGUCAGUCAGAAUUUGACCUGCACUGUACACUGGGAGCCAUUUACCUUAGACCGACUCUGACCCCUCACAGGCCAUGUCCUUCUUCACAAGGCAAGGAGUCCUGGGGCCAGUAGAACUUGCCUUUAGGACAAUCAACUUUUUAAAGAACCCAUCAGAGGUUCUCAUAGAGAUACCCAUACUCAGAGGUACCCAUAGUAGACAAAAUACCAAUAAUGAUGAUAAUAACAAUAAUAAUAAAAAUUAAUUAUAGGCACACACAAGUGUUAUUCAUUUGUC